AUGUCGGUUCAGACUUUCCUUCAUCUGGUACAUCUGGGAGCGUUUUGGCCCAUUUUCAGGUAAAUCCCAAGCGCAAAGUAAAAUGACCUUCUUUGUUCACUGUUUUUGUAUAAAGCUCAAUCUUUCUGAAACUUACUAAGCUGCCUUUUUUUCUGGAUUCUGGCAGAGUGUUACAAACAACAGGCUUUUCAAUUGCAGAAAGUUUCAGAAAGAUUAAACUCCAUACAAGAAAGUUGUGACCAAAAACCCGUUUUUCUGAAGCAUUUUCAUGCACUUUCCUCUUGAAAAAAUCUGAAGAAAACACGGAAAAGGACGAUUCUGCGAAAAAAAUAGAAGAUAAAAAAACAAAAAAACAAGCGAUUAAUUGCUAUCAAUUAAGAUCAAUUAAGCAAGGAGAAUCAUAGCGAAGGAAGGGAGAAGGAGGGGAGGAAAAAAAGCGGCGAGAGCGAGGAACGGAGAGGGCGGCGACCGCGACGCGUUCCUCUCUCGGGUCGCGCGCCGCGGUCAACACAACACAAUCGCUUGCGUUUUUUUGCCCCCUCCUUCCCGGCGCGUUGGCCUUCUCCUCACUUCUUCUCCGUCCACCGGCCGCGGCUGUAAAAGAAAACAUGGCGCGAAAAGGCUGCCAUACGGCGGCCGGCCCAAGCCACUACAAACACACCAACGACGCUCACACUCACUCACACACAUACAAACACACACAAAAUCCGUUCGUUCGCACUCAAGAACGCAAAAACGCGGCGGCGGAGGCCGAGGUUUGGGAGGAACGGGGAGCGACCGUAAAGUGCCUCUGA